GGGACUAGAGGGCAAGGGCUCCUUAUUCAUUUCCCCUUUUCUUGGCGGGGGCAGGGUAAUAAAGAGAGAUCGCGGGAGGCUGGGCCCCACCCAGCUGCUGGGGGGUGGUGGUGGGGGGAAGGCCGGAAAAGACCUUGAGAUCACGUGCCAGCGGCAGGCGUCCCCUCCUGGUACCCGGGUCUUUUAACCCAAGCCAAAGUGGUUUGUGUGCCCAAGGCGCGGCCUCCAUCAAAUCGCUCCAAAGUUGCAUUAUUAUCGGCGAUCCUGAACUAUUCAGGGUUAAUUGGAAUUGAUAAUCCAGUUUUCAAAUGCAGCCGGAGUCCAGAGAAUGUGAAGAGGAGACCCCAUCCCUUUUGUGGGGUUUGGAUCCUGUGUUUUUAGCCUUUGCAAAAUUGUAUGUGAAGGAUAUCCUGAACAUCAAAGAGUCCCAGCAAGCUCCAGGUGUAUUUUUUUACAAUGGACACCCAAUAAAACAAGUGGAUAUUUUGGGAACAGUAGUUGGAGUGAAAGAGAAAGAGUCAUUUUAUAGCUAUGGAGUGGAUGACAGUACAGGGGUUAUAAACUGUAUCUGCUGGAAAAACUCACAAGAUACUAAGCCAUUUCCAGCUAAAUUUUCCUCCAGUGUGUCUGGUGGACAGAGUUUAACCUCACUACUUAGGAAAUUGCAAGAAACCACAGAAAAGAAAACCAAGUUGGAAAUUGGAGAUAUCAUUCGAAUGAGAGGAUACAUCCGUGUCUACAGAGAGCAACGAGAGAUCCAUGCCACCACUUACUAUAAAGUGGAUGAUCCCGUGUGGAAUGUUCAGAUCGCAAGAAUGUUGGAGCUUCCCGAUAUAUAUAGAAAAGUUUAUGAUCAACCUUUCCCAAAGAAUACAGUAGUGAAAGGAAAGACAGUAAGCAAUCCAGGUACCCUGGACCCUUCUAGUCAAACAAGUUUGCUGAGUGAAAAAAUCCAAGACUUCCUUGUUGAGAACAAAGUGCAAACCUUUUACCAACAAGAGCUGGAAGCUGUGGAGUCUUUGAUGGCUCUGGUCACUCAGCCUGUUGUUGACAGUUCCUGCUCUGAACAGGUGAAUUUAGAAAGUGGUCCAACUUCCAAAGCAAUUCACAACAUAUUUAAGGAAGCUAUACGACAACUGUGGAAAAAGGGAAUCGUCUUCCAGAAAACGGAUGACCUGUAUUGUGUGACCAGUCAAGAUAAGGAACUGCACAAAAAAAUCCUCAGAAUCAUUCAGGAUGAUUGCCAGAAACCAAAGCAGGAGAGAGAGACAGAGAGAGUGAGAGAGAGAGAGCACAAGAACGAACCAUCCUAACAGCAAAUAAGCAUAGUCAAGCAAAAUACAUUUCUGCCUUGGCCUUUGCCCCGAGUCCAUCACAUCUGACGGGCAGUAGAUGGCACUGUGCUCAUCAGCCCUCAGGUAUCACAGCUGGUCGUUCUGUUUCUCAGCCAAGACAUUGAGAGUUGUUUGUGGCAUUUUGAUGUGUUUGUUAUUGUAUAAGUUGUUCUCCUGGGUCUUUUCACUUCAUUUUGCAUCUGUUCCUAAAGGUUUCCCUGAAACCGUCCCUUUUGUCAUUUCUUAUGGCUCACUAGUAUUCCUUUAAAUUCCUAGACUGUAAUUUAUCCCACUGUUCCUCAUAUCAGUAAUCUUGUAACAAUUCAAAUGAACGUUCAUUAAGCAUCUGCUGCAUGCAAGGCCCUGUUCCUCGCAUGAGAGUCUCAAAUUGUAGAGUGUGGUAGGGGCUAAGGAGAGAACCAGACAGAGUGCUUGGAGAGAGAGUGAGAAGGGCAUAGACAGCUGCAGUGGAAAGGAUCUGGGAGGGCCGCAUGGUAGAGCUGGUACUUGAGGGGAGAAAAGGAUUUCAAUAGAGAGAUAGAGGGGUGAGUAGGAAUAGGAAUGGGGGAAGGGGGCCCACAUAUCAGAGUAGAAGUAGCAGAAUGACAUCAGGGAACAGCAGUAAUCCAGUAUGGCCAGAACAUCAACUACCCGAAAGAGCAAUGUGAAAUAUCCAGAAAGGUAGGUUAGAGCUAGAUUGUGGAGGGCCUUAAAUGUCCCAGGAAGGAAUUUGCAUUUUAUCCUGUAGAUAGCGGGGAAGGCCCUGAAAGUUUUUGACCUGAGGAGAGAUCUGGUCAGACCUGUGCAUAGGAACAACUUGAACAGGAGCCGGCCAUUAAUAAUGGAGAGCUGACCUCUUUGGAGCUAGUGAGCUGUAUCAUGAGAUCUAUCUGCAUUUGGUUCUAAUCUGUCAAAACAGAAUUUGCUACUUUAGAUCUUAAAUCAGCAGAAUGCAAGAAGGAAUUUCAGAUAAGCGACUCCAUGAGAAAGUAGCUGGGAAAAUGUAAAGGGUUAUGAUUACUCUAUUAUUUUCUAUACUCUAAAGCAGGGGUCCCCAAACUACGGUUCGUGGGCCACAUGCAGCCCCCUGAGGCUAUUUAUCUGGCCCCCACUGCACUUCUGGAAGGGGCACCUCUUUCAUAGGUGGUCAGUGAGAGGAGCACAGUAUGUGGUGGCACCUCAAAGCACGGCAUCACUCACAUACAGUACUACUUCUGGUGACAUAAUCCUUUGUGUGGCGCCUUGUUCUGAGAGUAACUGAAUGAGAAGGAGGCACUGUGCAAAAGAUCAUGUGACUGCACAAUGGAAGACAUCAGCAGAGUGAGCGGUGAUCUGGGGGAGGGGAUUCCACACUGUGUAUACUGCUGCCUGGUAUAGUGGUGGCAGUGAUGGGCCUGUGCAAGGUGUGACAGUUCCAUCCCAGCCAGCGCUGCAGCCUCUGCAAUCCCAGACAGCAGUAUACAGAUUGGUACAUAGUUUUUUUAUAGUCUGGCCCUCCAACAGUCUGAGGGACAGUAAACUGGCCCCCUGUGUAAAAAGUUUGGGGACCCCUGUUCUAAAGCCCAGUAUUCACAGGGAAUGGGCACCAAAGACUGGGCCUCCAAAGCUGGACCUCCUCCCCUAAGGGGCCAUGCAGAGGUGAACCUCCAGAGAAGAGCCCAUUCCAUACGUGGAGCAGAGAUUGUCUGUUGGGCCCUUCAGUGUGGGAAGGGCACAUGUUUCCCUGACAUUAAAAUGUCUUGCGGCACUGACUUUCCAAAGACUUAAUUGGGGAGUCACUAUCUACUAUAAUGGCAUGGCAUCAAACUUAAAGGAAAGUAUUUUGCUGACUCCCUCUGUGUAAAUAUAGGGAAAGUGCUUUUGCAAGCCCCAAAGCAUUUGUAUCAGUCGAAUCUUCUUUUGAUGAUGGUGAGAAUGAUGAGAAUGAUUUCAGAAGAACAAGUCUGGGUCCCCAGCUUACAUAGCUGAGGAAUGCAAUGGCAGGCUCUUCUGAAGAAAUCCUUUGCAACCAUAGAGGCCCUUUGUAAAGAGUCAGCCAGGUGAGGAGACGCCACACAAACCACCCUGAAGAUUCUAUUCCACUCCCAAAUACAAAUACUGUCAUUCUUGUUCUGGGACCCAGCUGUACCCAUUACCCAGAUCCAGUUAUACAAACCCGCUACUCUUUAUCAACAGCUAGAUGUUUCCUAUUUACUGAAGAUUCUCCUCUCAAGUUAUUUUACUGAAACUAUCUCCUUGAUUCACUAGAGGAAAUGGGGAUCACAUAUUCUCCUCCAAGGCACUUUCUUCUCUCUUGUGCUCGUCUGUAAGUCAUGAUUCUUGGGGAACACCACAAUGACACAGGAAUCUACCAAUUCAUCACAGCUGUCAGGUUGUAUAUAUAUGUCAGAUAGUUUUGCCCUAGGAGAAUAGGAACUAGACAUGGAAGCUUUGGGUGGAAAGAUAAUACUUUUAGUGGGGCAAACAAUACUUUGCUAGUCUAUUUUUGCCAUUCAGUGCCCCCUGUUUUGAGCAGUUGGUUCUUAGACUUUUCUACACUGUACUGCUUUCUUGAAGGGAUCCUUGAGACAUCUCCCAAUGGGGAAUUAGGAAUCUCUUAGUCCGUAUUUCCUGUAGCACUUAACACAGUGAUGGGCACAUAGUAAGUGCAUCAUUAGUGCAGUCAAUAUGAUCCUAACCUAUUUACAAUCCAAACUUAUUUCCCAUAACCUAUUAAAUGAAGCUUUAUCUCCCAAAAGACCUGGUCUCUUCUCUUUUUCUGUCUUCAUUCAUGCCAGAUUCCUUCCUUCCUUUGUGCCUCUGCUCAAGCUGUACUGCCCUGCAAUUUCCUCCCUUCUCUUCUACCUACCCACAUCCUGUCCGACCUCAGAGAGCCCAGCUCAAAUCCUCCCUCUUCAACGAAGUCCCACCCCCACCCCUGCCCCCCAGCCAAGAUCUCUCUAGGUCGUGAUGAUGGUGUUUUCUUCUGAAUUUCUGCAGCAUUUGUUAUCAGUAUCACUUGUUGGGUGAUUGGGUGACAUUGCUUUAGUCUUUUGUCUAUAUGUCGCAUCCUUCCAAUUAGAAAUGAAAUACUCUAUAUAUUGCUCUGCUCCACAAGGCCAGGCAAAGCACUGAGCAUAUCGUAGCACUCUAUAAAUAUUGGUUGAAUGAAUGAUUAAAUGAUAAUAGAUUCGGCCAAAAAGUUUAGUUUCCAUUGUUAAUGGGUCCUCAAAAAAGAAAAACGAAAAGUGAAAAUGAUCUAAAUGGCCACUAGAUGGAAGCAUUUCGCAAAUUUUUUUAGUCUAGGUCUGUGGUGUUCGAGAUCUGGCCAGGCCGGGUAAACUCAUAGGAUCCUAGCUUUCAGACUUUAAUGAGAGCGUAUGAGGUAACUUAAUGCAGCGCUUUCAUUUUACAGAUGACUUAGUUGAAGGUAUAAUUGGCAUGCUGACCAGAUUUGCACAUGGCUCAAAGCUGAGGAGAGAGCUAACAUGGCGGAUGAUAGGACCAGACCUGGAUGGCCUAGAAUACUAUAUCCUAUGGGGCUAUAGCGCAAUAGUUAACGUUUAUAGCGUGCAUCGGUUUUGUAAAGCUUUUUACAUAGAUUAUCUAAUUUUAUCUUCACAAAACCCUUUGCUAUUGGUGGUGCUUUUUUCCUCCAGGAAACCAAAUCUGAGAGAAGUGAAAUGUCUUGCCCAGGGCCAUACGGCUAAUAAGUGUCUGAGGUAGGAUUUUAGCUGGGAUCUUCCUGUUUCCAGGUCAGAUAUUCUAGCCACUGCACCUCCCAGCCCCCAUUGCCUCUAAUAAGAUGAAAUUGUAAUAGUGAUCAACAUAAAGUACCAGUCGGGGGAGGCACGGCUACACAGGCAGCAUUUUGUCUGACAGAAGACGUCGGGGAUCUUAGUGGCCGGAGCUCCACAAGCUAAUAGGAUCCUGGGCUGAAUCGAGAGAAGAGAAGUGUCCAGAGUAACAAAUGAGGUGACAGUGAAGCUUUUCCUGGUCUUCCUGGCUCCUGACAGUGGAGAUAUGGCAUGUAUUGAUAACUAAGGGUGGGUUCUUGUCAUCAGAACUUGUUUGAGAUGAGAUACUGUAAGGUUGGAAGCAUGUCAGACUGGGAACCUCUUCAGUCAAGAUCACAGGUUAGUCUCGUUGUAGAAAGAACAUGGAACUCAGAAUAGGUGAAUGACUUGAACAUAAAGAAGGAAACUAUAAGUAAAUUAGGUGAUCACAGAAUAAUAUACAUGUCAGACCUAUGGGAAGGGAAAGACUUUAAAACCAAGCAAGACAUAGAAAGAGUCACAAAAUGUAAAAUAAACAAUUUUGAUUACAUCAAAUUAAAAAGGUUUUGUACAAACAAAACCAAUGCAACCAAAAUUAGAAGGGAAGCAACAAAUUGGGAAAAAAAUCUUUAUAACAAAAAACUCUGACAAAGAUUUAAUUACUCAAAUUUAUAAAGAGCUAAAUCAAUUGUACAAAAACAUCAAGCCAUUCUCCAAUUGAUAAAUGGGCAAGGGACAUGAACAGGCAGUUCUCAGCCAAAGAAAUCAAAACUAUUAAUAAACACAUGAAGAAGUGCUCUAAACCUCUUAUAAUCAGAGAUGCAAAUCAAAACAAAUCUGAGGUAUCACCUCACACCUAGCAGAUUAGCUAAUAUGACAGCAAAGGAAAGUAAUGAGUGCUGAAGGGGAUGUGGCAAAGUCAGGACAUUAAUUCAUUGCUGGUGGAGUUGUGAAUUGAUCCAACCAUUCUGGAGGGUAAUUUGGAACUAUGCCCAAAGGGUGAUAAAAGACUGUCUGCCCUUUGAUCCAGCCAUAGCACUGCUGGGUUUGUACCCCAAAGAGAUAAUAAGGAAAAAGACUUGUACAAGAAUAUUCAUAGCUGCACUCUUUGUGGUGGCCAAAAAUUGGAAAAUGAGGGGAUGCCCUUCAAUUGGGGAAUGGCUGAACAAAUUGUGGUAUAUGUUGAUGAUAGAAUACUAUUGUGCUAAAAGGAAUAAUAAAGUGGAGGAAUUCCAUGUGAACUGGAAAAACCUCCAGGAAUUGAUGCAGAGCAAAAGGAGUAGAACCAGGAAAACGUAAACAGAAACUGACACACUGUGAUACAAGAGAACGUAAUGGACUUCUCCAUUAGUGUCAAUGCAAUGUCCCUGAACAUUCUGCAGAGAUCCAGGAGAAAAAAAACCACUAUCCACAAGUAAAGGACAAACGGUGGGAGUAAAAACACUGAGGAGAAGCAACUGCUUGACUACAGGGGUUGAGGGGACAUGUCUGAGGAGAGACUCUAAAUGAGCACCCUAAUACAAAUACCAACAACAUGGAAAUGGGAUUGAAGCAAGGACACAUGUGAUACCCAGUGGAAUUGUGUGUUGGCUAGGGGAGGGGGUGGAUGGAGGGGGGGAGGACAAGAAAAGGAUCUUUGUUUCCAAGGAAUACUGUUUGAAAAUAACCAAAUAAAACAAUGUUUAAAAAAAAAAA